AAGGGCCGAAGAGGAAAUCCACACGGAGGGGGAGGAGGAAACCAAGUACAAGCUCGAAAUUACUACACACGCAGCAAGAACCGGUGAUCAACAUAUCUGGUAAACCACUCUCAAAUGAAGUUAUAAAAGUAUUAUCUAAAGGACUGUCUUUUGCACCAACGUAUACCUUUUAAUUGAAGUUUUAUGGUAAAUAUUUUCUAUGUCAUAUCAGUAUUUUCUGUUUGUGUCUCUCUCUCUUCAGGCAGAGAUGAACAGUAACCGUCUGAAGGCUCAGGGUUCAAUGAUGUCAGCAGUAGCAUGUGCCUCAGUCCCCAAAAUCACUGUGGUGAUCGGUGGUUGCCAUGGUGCUGACAGUUACGCCAUGUGUGGGCGGGCAUUUGACCCUAAUUUCCUGUUCCUGUGGCCCAACGCCAGAGUGUCAAUGACAGCUCCGGGUCACGCCGGCUUUCUGCUUCCCCCUGACAGUGAGCAGGAUGAGGAAGAGAGGAAGAAGGAGGAGGUCAAGUUGAAUAAGAGAUUGGAGGAAGAGAGCUCCGCUUUCUUCUCCUCCGGCCGGCUCUGGGACGAUGGUGUCAUUCUGCCUCAGGACACCAGGAAGGUAAAAAAGAUUGCCAAUACAAUUUCAACUUUCCGUUUUUUUCUUAUUAUGACGUCUUUUAAUGUAAAUCUUUACAUGUGUGCAGGUUCUCAAGGACUGCUUGGACAUCAUCAAACAGCGGCAGUAUGAGCUUCCCACAGAGAAACUGCACUCAGCACUUUUACGUAUAU